CAGGUCAAACGCGCGUGGGCAGAGGACGAGGACCGCCUGCUGAUGGAAGUGGUGGGCAGGCUGGGGGCGCAGCGCUGGUCGCUGAUUGCCUCCCAGAUGGACGGCCGGGUCGGCAAGCAGUGCCGCGAGCGUUGGUUCAACCACCUGUGCCCAGAGGUGAAGAAGGGGGAAUGGACCGCAGAGGAGGACCAGAUCAUUGAGCAGGGGGUGGCCGAGAUCGGUACCAAGUGGUCGGAGAUUGUAAAGCGGCUGCCAGGCAGGACCGACAAUGCCAUCAAAAACCGCUACAACUCCAACCGCCGCCGG